AUGGCGCCGCACCGCAAAGCUCGCGCCAGCCAGCCUCAGCAGCCGCCGCCCUCGGACUACGAGACAGAUGUCAUACCUUCGGUCGACGUGCCCCUCCCCCCGCCGCGUUCCAACGAAGAGCUCAACUUGUCGGUCCUCCGCCGCCAGUAUCCUGCCCUUACGUCAAUUGAGCAUGUCACCCCCUAUGCUGCUCUCUACACUUUCAACCUCGAGACGCAGCAGUGGGAGAAGAUGGGCGUUGAGGGCACCCUCUUUAUCUGCCAGCUGACACCCUCGCCCUUGGGCGCCGAGCGCUACUGCGCCAUCAUCCUCAACCGCAGAGGACUCGACAACUUCUACGAGGAGCUCACCAGCAGCGAUGAAAUGGAGAUCUCGGAUCCCUAUGUCAUCAUUCAGGGCGAGCAAGUGUACGGCAUCUGGAUCUUUGCCGAUCCACCGCCCUCGUCGACGGCAAACUGCCGCCAGGAAACGGCCGCUAAGAUGAUGGCCGUCGCCGACAGGGCCAAAGCAAGCCGUGCCGCUCUCCACGGCUCACCAGACGCUGUCUCUUCCACCCCCAUGGGCCGCCAGCUGUCGUUGAGAGAGCUCUUUGGCCAGCAGCGUGAGCAAGAUGCCGACUUUAGCCUGCACCACCACGAUAGUCACCCAAUGCCCAGCAUGCACCAUCCACCACAGCAGCACCAGCAUCAGCAGCAGCCAUACAUGACCCAUGCCAGCCCUGCACAACCAGACGUGUUAGGCCAGCUGUUCAUGCGCGCAAAGCAGAACCACAAUGGCUUAGGAUGA